GGGAGGGUCUUUACAUGGGGGUUAGACAGGCUGCCAGAGGGGUAAAGGGAUGGACAGCUGGGGAAACAGACUUUAGAACAGAAGACGGAGAGAAAAUACAACUUAAAAACACAUCUAACUAUCUUUUGAGGGUUGAACAAGUCAAGAGUGAUCGACACAGACCUGUAUGGAUAUUGAAUUGAAGAAGAAAGAGCUACAACUUUGUGUUUCUCUGCUUGUUAUCCCUCCUCCUGCCUUCUCUGACAUUUAACUCACCGCCCCUGGAGGUGAUGAGCUUUGCGCUCGGCUUCAAGCCUCCGUCGGCGGGCAGUUCUGGGCCCGGUGCUGGCAGAGGAGCCACCAUGGAGAACCUGGAGAAGCAGCUGAUCUGCCCGGUCUGCCUGGAGAUGUUCUCCAAACCCGUGGUCAUCCUGCCCUGCCAGCACAACCUCUGCCGCAAGUGUGCCAACGACAUCUUCCAGUCAGCGAACCCUCUGUGGCAGUCCCGCGGCUCCUCCAGCAUGGCUGUCAGUGGCAGCCGGUUUCGCUGCCCGUCGUGCCGCCAUGAGGUGGUGCUGGACCGCCAUGGAGUCUACGGACUGCAGAGGAACCUGCUGGUGGAGAACAUCAUAGACCUCUACAGACAGCAGGAGUCCUCCAGGCUUGUGGACAUGAAGCCGGAGCAGCAGCAGCAGCAGCUCAUGUGUGAAGAACACGAAGAGGAGAAGAUCAACAUCUACUGCCUCUCCUGUCAGACGCCGACCUGCUCUAUGUGCAAAGUGUUCGGGAAACACAAAGACUGUGAUGUCGCGCCGCUCAGCAGCGUCUAUAUGAUGCAGAAGACAGAGCUGAGUGACGGCAUCGCGAUCCUGGUCGCCAGUAACGACCACAUCCAGGAAGUCAUCUCUCAGAUGGAAGCAAUCUGCCACACUGUAGAGGACAACGGGCAGCGGCAGAGGGAACAGCUGGCCACCCAUUUUGGCGGACUGGUGGCCAUCUUGGAGGAGCGGAAGCAGGAGCUGGUGGGGCUCAUCACCAAACAACAGGACGCCAAACUCAAACACAUUCGCUCUCUCAUGCGUCGGCACAGUGACGACCUGGAGGCCGCGGUAACGCUGGUGGAGUCGGCCAUCCAGUCCAUGGAAGAGCCACACAUGCCUUUGUUUAUACAGAGCGCCAACGUCAUACUGGAAAAAAUGGCAGCGACAGCCAGGGCCACUAACGUGGAGCGUCCAGAGCUCGGUUAUGAGAGCAUGAGCCACUUCGCCAUCGACACCGACGACCUCGCCGUCAUGCUGAUGAACAUGGACUUCUGCUCCGGUGUAAGAGAUGAUGGAGACGAAGACCCUGGAGAUGCUGGAGAAGAGUCAGAACUUGACUUCUCCAGAUAUUAAGACCAAAACAGGUCCUUUACUGCAGUCCUGAGGAAAUGUAAAACAGAGACGGAAAUAGAGGUUUACCAUAAUCCUCCGGAAGAAAUAUACACAGUGUUCAAGAGUGAAUUCAACCACGACGAGCAUGGGACAACAAAGACAACAUGGGGGGGGGGGAAAGACUCCCCAUAAAUGAUCGAAAUCAUACCUUUAUAUACAUUAUCCAUCUGUGUUUUCUCCUGCAGCAGCCCAGAUGCAGGAGGACUGACUUAGCCAGAUUUUUGCCUCCCACAUUGUUGCCUUUUGUUCAGUUAAAAACAAGCCAGUGUAUUGUGUGUAGAUAUAUCUCUCUAUGUAUAGCUCAUAGGAAAUGUAUACAGUGGAUUUAGCACUGCAUUCUGUGUUGUGGGAGGGAAAGUAAAAAGAUUUUGUUCAUGUGUGUCGUCUUCUUCGGGAUUUACAGCCCUGAUAUAGCUUCCUGUCACAAUACUCUGUAAAGGCUUCUGUAAAGACUACAGGUUUUUUUUUGCAUUUUGUUUCAGUUUCCUAAUUCUUUUCAGACGUUAUGUGAAUGAAAAAACAGGGCGGGGAUUAAAGUCAAUAAGAUAGAAAUGGUUUCUUUGAGAGCAGAGAGAGAGAGAGUUUGCAGCUCAAACUGUCCUUGAACUUCUUGUUUCUUGUUUAAUGCAUAAAUGCAGGAGAAUGACAAUACAAGUGAGCAGGAUGUACAACUGGAAGAGUGGGCAGAUAAGCCUAUUACUGUAGGUGUUACUGCAAAUGACUUGCCUUUUUUAGGGGGGGGUGAGUUUCUCGAAGACUGCUUGAUGGAUUGUGUGUUGUUGUGUAUGUGUGACCAGGAAGUAAUCCUUCCAUAAUGAACAUUUUCUGAUCAGCCACCUCUGUGGUUAAGGUUUGGGCUACUGGCAGUUCUUGGGUAAACAAUGAGGCUUGUGAUAUUCUGUAUUUCUCUUAUUGUCAACCAAUCGCCUGUGUAUUGUUUGUGUAUCUAAAGCCUGGUAUAUCUUAUUCCUGUGUGUCAUAGAGCUCCAUUGUUGUCCAGAAACUAUUAAAAACGCACCAAUGAGCAACGCUGCUGCAAAUACUCACUUGAGCACCAAAUGCGUAUUAUUAAUCCAUGGCUGAAAAUAGUCCCUAACAAAUGCACCAUUUAUUCCCGUUUGAGUAACAGUAGCUCUAGGGAGGGCAACGCCGGUCCAUCCACCACUUUGGUUCUGACGGAAAUAUCUCAGCAACUAUUGGAUGGAUUGCCAUCUUUGGUUCAGAUAUGCACAGUUCGCAAGGAUGAUGAAUCCUGUAACGGCUUUAGUGAUCGUCUGACUUUUUCUUUCUUUCUUCUUUUUUUCAGUUGUACUUUGUGCUUAGUGCUAAUUACCACAUGUUAGCAUGCUAAACUAAAAUGGUAAACAUUAUACUUGCUGCUGAACAUCAGCAUGUGAGUAUUAUUAGUAGUAGUUAGUAUUUUAGCUCAAAGAUUUAUUUUUCAUGAGAUUUAUUGACAAUAACACUUGGUGCCAGGCUUAUUCUUUUAAGGAAAUAAUUAAAAGAAACCAAUUUAAUUGUUGUAAUUUUUCUGAGGAACCCUGACGUAUGCAAGGAGUCAGGUGGUUGAUGUAGGGGCAUUGGGUGUGAUGGACAGGUUGGGGAUAUAAAAGUUGUAUCAGAGGUGAUCUGUUGAUUCACAAAGAAAAGUGGAUGCUUUUUGUCUUUUUUUCCUCACCUAUCUUUGACACCAGUAUCAGUCAAGGCUCUCUCUACCGGUUCAGAAUGAUUCUUCACUCACACAGAUAAAUGAUCAUGUUUCUUCUGUCCUAGCCAUGGCAUUGAUUUUAAAAAAAAAACUUUACUUACUUUUAACUUUUUAGGCUUGGCUCCAAAAUGUAUUAUUGAUCUGUUUCUCUCUCGUGGAAACCUGAUUGGUUGUUUCUAGGUGAAAAUGUGACUUUUGGCUUUUGGCUUUUGUGGUAAGGGGCCAUUUGACUCUGGAACAAAUUCCCAACUAAGCAAGGAUACUUCUAAAUAAAUGUUUUAAUAAAAAGGUACAGUCACAAUAUGCUUUUAAUUCCUAUGUUUUUUUUAAUAUACAGCUUUUAUUUUUCAUAGUUAUGUUUUUAUUUCUUCUGUAGCGUCUUUUAUUCCUGUAAUAACUUUUCUUUUUGUAUCUUCCUGAAACUGCAGUUAUGAUGAUAAUACCUGUUAUGACGCCCGCUGCAGAGGUGUUGGUUUUAUUGUACACUUUGAUAACUCUGAUGUAGUUUGUGGGUUUUGUAAAUACAUAAGCACAUCAUCUGUCAAUAUGUUGUGGUGAUUUGUAAAAAUUUCAUUAAAGCACGACUAUAACAAGUGUUUGAUAAAAGUUAUGAAGAAAAAGUGCAUCUAUAUCUGAUCUGCUGGUAAAGUGUGAAACUUGGUGAUGUUCUAACAAUCUUUUUUGAUUGUGGCCACUGAACAAUAAAUACACUUUAAUCAAUUAAAGCACAAAUAUAUUCUAAAA